AUGUCUCAACCUUCCUCAUCCGCCCUUGGCCAAACCGAUUCAAUCAUCAAACCUGAGGCCUUGAAGCUGGAUCCUCACGAGCUUGAGAGUAUCGGAGAUGCAGAUCAAACUAUCAUCUCUGAGGGCAGUCCUAACCACCAGGUGGUCAGUUUCAACGCAGAAGGAGCCAGCACCAUUGAGCAAGAUCCUUAUACCCCUUUCCCCAUUGACGCCGAGGUUGCUGCGAUCGAGGAUGAGAAUAACAUCCUUCGCGUCAGGAGCAUUCUUCUCGGAAUGGUCUUGGGAGGUGUUGUGAACGCCGCUAACCUUUAUCUCGGAUUAAAAACCGGUCUCACGUUUGUUGCAUCCCUCUUCGGAUCCCUGCUUGGUUUUGCUGUGCUUAAGACUGUGAGCAAGGCUGUUCCGGAGAACUUUCCUAUUCUCGGCGGCCACUUUGGACCCAAGGAGAAUGCCAUCGUGCAAACGAGUGCCACCGCUGCUGGCGGCCUGAGUAACAUUUUCGUCAGCGCCGUCCCGGCCAUGUACCAAAUGGGCCUCCUCCAAGACCCCAAGGCAGACUACCCCCGCAUUGCUAUUGUCACGCUCGGCGUGGCCUAUGUCGGCUUCUUCUUCGCAACACCGCUGCGCAAGAUAUUCAUCGUCCAGAUGGCGAGACAGAUGGGACUUAUUUUCCCAACCUCGACCGCCACCGCCACCACGAUACAGUCCCUUCACAUCGCUUCGGGCGGGCAGCAGAGUGCACGAAAGAAGAUUCGAGUUCUAUUAUAUGCCUUCCUUGGGGCUUUCAUCCUUCGCGUCGUGUCGAAUUUCGCGCCUGGGAUCCUCUGGGACUGGCAUGUCUUUACCUGGAUUUACAUCUGGGGCAACUACAACAACCUGGCCAUCUGGGCGGAGAGCUAG